CGGGGAGGGGGGGGAGGGAGCGCGCGAGCGGGAGAGCGAGACUGGAGCCGGCUGUCUCGCUCCUCUCUGACAAGAGCCUGGACCGGCUUGGGACGGCGCGAGCCGCGGGGAGGCACACACGGCAUACGCGCGCGCGCGCGCAUCCGCACCCGGCGAGGGAGCGAACGGGACCGCGGUGCGCUGGCCAGAUUUUUUUAUGACAAGCUUUCCUUUAGAAAGAAAAUAUUGCUGAAAUGAAUCAGCAGGGCUAUGUUGCAGCGCCUCCAUAUUCUCAAUCCCAGCCAGGAAUGGGAGGGUUUGCUACUGGCUUUGGACAACCUGCGCCUCCGCCUUUAUAUGGGCACUAUGGUGAUUCCAGCCCAUCAUCCUCUGCACCUCAGUCAGCUAUGUUGAAAACAAACGUGCCUUUUGGGUCUCCUGCUCCAAUUGGAUCUCCACCUCACAAUACCCACCAGUUUAACCAGCACAGUCUCCAGAAUGGGCCUAGCAGUACAGCACAUCAGCCGCAAAGGUUCCCAACUUCUCCACCUUCUUAUCCCCCUUACUGUCAUCCGUCACAGUCCUCCUAUCCAAAUAGCCCACCGUCUUCCUCUACAGGACAGCUGGCUAAUCAACUUGGCAAUAUGCAGAUAAAUAGUUACGGUUCCAGCAAUGCCCCGAACACGCCACCUUGCUUGCCUUCUGGCCCCCCACCUUCUUUGCAUGGUCCACCACCUCAAGCACAUCAGAUGGCCUUGUCAUCCGGACCGCAGAUUCCUCCUUCUCCAGCAAGUCCCUGCCCUCCACCUUCACUCCCUCCAGUGGCCAGGCAAGAGGGAGUUCCUGGGACACAUCCACUGACCACCGGCCUGCCACAGCAACCCUCAAGUGAACCCACAAGGCCUGGGUUUCCUCCCCAGUAUGGAACCUAUGGCCCUCCAAUGGCAGGAGCACAGCUGUCCUACCCAGGUGGCCUCCCCUCGGGUCCAGCCCAGUUGGCUGGACCACAACAGAGGAAACUCGAUCCUGAUUCCAUUCCAAGCCCAAUUCAGGUAAUCGAAGAUGACAAAACUUCCAGAGCAGGUCAUGUAUAUGCUACUAACAUCAGAGGGCAAGUUCCUCCUCUGGUUACUACAGAUUGUGUCAUCCAAGAUCAAGGUAAUGCCAGUCCCCGAUACAUUCGCUGCACCACCUAUUGCUUUCCUUCAUCUUCAGACCUGGCAAAACAGGCUCAGAUUCCUUUAGCUGCUAUCAUCAAACCUUUUGCCAAUGUUCUACCAAAUGAGACACCUCUCUACGUGGUAAACCAUGGUGAGACAGGGCCUGUCCGGUGCAACAGGUGCAAAGCUUAUAUGUGCCCCUUCAUGCAGUUCAUUGAGGGAGGAAGGAAAUAUCAGUGUGGAUUUUGUAACUGUGUGAAUGAUGUUCCUCCAUUCUAUUUUCAACACCUGGACCAUGUUGGCAGAAGAAUAGACCACUACGAAAGGCCAGAGUUAUCUCUAGGAUCAUAUGAAUACAUUGCUACUUUAGAUUAUUGCAGGAACAACAAGCCUCCACAGCCACCAGCCUAUAUCUUCAUGAUUGAUGUUUCAUACAAUAACAUCAAGAGUGGUCUUGUUAAACUCAUCUGUGAGGAACUGAAGACUGUACUAGAUAGACUUCCAAGGGAGGAACAAGAGGAGACUUCGCCUAUCCGAGUUGGCUUUGUCACCUACAAUAAAGUCCUCCAUUUCUUCAAUGUAAAGAGCAGUCUUGCACAGCCUCAGAUGAUGGUUGUCACUGAUGUCAGUGAAGUGUUUGUACCUUUGCUGGAUGGCUUUCUUGUCAACUUUCAAGAGUCACGAUCCGUUAUAAAUAACUUGCUGGACCAGAUUCCAGAGAUGUUUGCUGACACUAAUGAGAGUGAGGCUGUCUUCGCUCCUGUGAUCCAAGCUGGAAUGGAAGCACUAAAGGCAGCCGAAUGUUCUGGAAAGCUGUUUAUCUUCCAUGCUUCCCUGCCUACUGCAGAAGCACCAGGGAAGCUGAAAAGCAGAGAUGACAGAAAAUUGGUUAAUACAGAAAAGGAGAAGAUGCUGUUUCAGCCACAGACAAAUAUUUAUGAGACCUUGGCUAAAGACUGUGUUGCUAAUAGCUGCUGCGUGGAUCUGUUCCUUUUCCCAAACCAGUAUGUUGAUGUAGCUUCCAUGGGACUUGUUACUAUGUACACUGGAGGAACAUUGUAUAAAUACAACAAUUUCCAGGUACAUUCUGACAAUCACCAGUUUCUGAAUGACCUUAGGAAGAAUAUAGGAAAAAAGAUGGGAUUUGAUGCUAUCAUGAGGGUUCGUACCAGCACAGGUUUCAGAGCAACAGACUUCUUAGGAGCCAUUUACAUGAAUAACACCACAGAUGUCGAAAUGGCAGGAGUAGAUUGUGACAAAGCAGUGACGGUGGAAUUCAAGCAUGACGACAAAUUGAAUGAGGACUGUGGAGCUCUGAUCCAGUGUGCAGUGCUUUACACAUCCAUGAGUGGCCAAAGACGACUACGCCUACAUAACAUUGCGCUUAACUGUAGCUCCCAGUUAGCUGAUGUCUACAAGAGCUGUGAGACUGAUGCACUUAUGAAUUUCUUUGCUAAAUCGGCAUACAAAGCCAUUCUCAGCCAACCCUUGAAGACUGUCCGUGAGAUCCUGGUGAAUCAGACAGCUCGCAUGUUGGCAUGUUACAGAAAGAACUGUGCUAGCCCAUCUGCAGUGAGCCAGCUUAUUCUUCCUGAUGCAAUGAAGGUGCUUCCAGUCUAUAUGAACAGUCUUCUGAAAAGCUGCAUACUGAUAGGCAAGCCAGAGAUUCCUACAGAUGAAAGAACUCUUCACAGGCAACUGGUCAUGUCCAUGGAUGUUGCUGGCACCCAACUUUUAUUCUACCCACAACUCCUGCCAAUUCACUCUAUGGAUGUAAAUAGCAAUGCCCUCCCCUCGGCUGUGCGCUGCUCAGAAGAACGUCUUUCUGAAGGAGGGGUGUUCCUACUGGCAAAUGGGCUGCACAUGUUCUUGUGGCUGGGAGUCAGUGCCCCACCAGAGUUGAUCCAGGGGAUAUUUAAUGUGCCCUCCUUUGCACAUGUCAGCACUGAGGCUACUCAGCUUCCGAAAGUGGAGAACCCUUACUCUAUGAAACUAAGAUCAGUGAUAGAUCAGCUUCAAAGCAAAACGCCUUAUUCCAUGAAGAUCCUGAUUGUGAAGCAAAGGGAGCAGCCAGAGAUAGCUUUCAAACAAUUCCUGGUUGAAGACAAGAAUAUUUAUGGAGGAGCAUCUUAUGUGGAUUUCUUAUGUUGUGUUCAUAAAGAGAUCUGUCAGCUGCUCAACUAAUAGAUACUAGAAGAUGAAUUCUCUUCACAAGAGGGACUAUUCUUAAGUGACCAACUACCAGAAGGUGCUUUUUGAUGCAACCUUUUUUUUGUACAGUUUCUAAUUUCAUGCACUAGUGCCCUUUUUCAUAAUAAUAUAACCCACCUACAUUUAUGUAGAAUAAGCCAGGCUGUGCUCAGUUAUAACUCCUAUUGGAGAGCCUUUACAGUUCUUUUAAAAGAAAUUACGUUUCUUAUUGCAAGAUUUAGAAUACUGGAAUCUAUCAAAGCUUAAAGCAUGUGGUUUUCAUUUCAUAAACAUUAAUAAAUUGCAACAUAUUAUUAA